AUGAGAAUUUUAUGUGUUGCGGAAAAACCAUCUAUAGCAAAAGCAGUUGCAAAUAUACUAGGAGGUAAAAAUGUGAACUAUAGAAAUUCAAAAAAUAAAUAUGUUAAAAAUUAUGAUUUUAAAUUCAAAUUUGAUGAUAUACAUGGUAUUUGCGAUGUUACAAUGACUUCUGUAUUAGGUCAUAUAACACAAGUGGAAUUUCCAUCUAAAUAUUCAUGGGGUAAAUGUCAUCCUGGAAAAUUAUUUGAUGCUCCUACUGUCAUGAAAAUCAUACAAAAAGAGAUUUCGGAUAAUAUAGCAAAUGAAGCAAGAACUUGUGAUAAAUUGAUGAUUUGGACUGAUUGUGAUAGAGAAGGUGAAUAUAUAGGAAAAGAAAUUUUUGAUGCUGCUAAAACAUAUAAUAAAAAUAUAGUUAUAUCAAAUACUUGGAGAAGUAAGUUUUCUCAUUUAGAAAGAAAUCACGUAAUUGCUGCUGCUAAAAAUCCAAUACAGUUAGAUAUGAAAGCAGUUGCUGCUGUAUCAUGCCGUAUGGAAAUUGAUCUUAAAGUCGGUGCUAGUUUCACAAGAUUAUUAACUGAUAAUUUUAAAAAUAGUGGUAUUAUUGAGAAAGAAAAAGGAUUAAUAUCCUAUGGUACGUGUCAAUUUCCAACACUAGGAUUUGUAACUGAUAGAUAUAAGAGAGUUAAAAAUUUCAAGCCAGAACCAUUUUGGUAUAUUGAUGUGGCAGUUAAAAAGGGUAAAAAAGUUAAUUUUAAUUGGGUUAGAAAUCAUUUCUUUGAUAGAUUAUUUGUCAUAAAUUUAUAUGAGAAUUGUAUUCAAAGUGGUGAACAUGGUACAAUUACUAAAUUGGAUUCAAAAAAAACAACAAAUUAUCGUCCUUUACCAUUAACUACAGUUGAAUUACAAAAAGAUUGUGCAAAAUAUUUAAAAUUUUCAGCUAAAAGGACAUUAACUGCUGCUGAAAACUUAUAUAAUAGAGGUUUCAUAUCUUAUCCAAGAACUGAAACUGAAAAAUAUCCCAGAUCAAUGAAUUUUAAGGGUAUUUUUGAAAAACAAACGCAAGAUCCGAGGUGGGGUUCAUAUGCUGCAAAUUUAGUGAAUAAUGGCCACACUGCACCAAGAGAAGGAUCAAGAGAUGAUGAAUCCCAUCCAGCUAUUCAUCCGGUUAAUUAUGUGAGCUUAGAAGCUUUAGAUAAUGCUGAUGAAAAAAAAAUUUAUGAAUAUGUUGUUAGAAGAUUUUUAGCUUGUUGUUCAAAAGAUGCAAUUGGUCAAACUAAUACUGUUACAUUAAAAUGGGGUGAUGAAUUUUUCACAGCUAGUGGAUUAAAUGUAUUGGAAAAGAAUUAUCUUGAAGUAUUUACGUAUAAAAAAUGGGAGAGUAGUAAAGAAUUACCAAAUUUUGAAGAAGGUGAACGGGUUAAAUUAUCAAGUGGAUUACUUAAAGAAGGUAAAACAUCACCACCUAAUUAUAUGACAGAACAAGAAUUGAUUGCAUUGAUGGAUAAGAAUCAAAUUGGUACUGAUGCAACAAUAGCUGAACAUAUAGACAAAAUACUGAAAAGAGAUUAUAUAAAAAAGCAAAAACGAGGUAAAAUAGAUUAUCUAAUACCAACUCCAUUGGGUAUGGGGUUAGUUGAAGGACUAGAUAAAAUGGAAUUUAAUGGAAUUUCAUUAUCAAAGCCAUUCUUAAGGAAAAACUUGGAAUUAUCAUUACUUGAAAUAACACAAGGUCGAAAUAGGAAAGAUCAAGUGGUUGAUGAUAUGAAAAAGAUAUAUUCAGAGGCUCUAGGUAUUUGUAAUUUCAAAAUGCAGUUGUUGAUUAAUGAAUGUAGAGGCAUUAUACGUCAAAAUGUUUAG